CCCCCCCCUCAUUUUCUUGUUAAACAAACAUGGAUUCCUUCGAACUUGACAACGUUAAAGCAGAGAAAGAAGAUGCUUUGCGGAGAUACAACAUGGAGAGGAAGCUAAGGUUGGGUCUUCGCUAUAUGGGGUUUUUGUUGGUUUUGUUUUUGAUAUCAUGGUCUUGGUCCCCCCCUUUGAUUCCCCACAUCAUCGAGGUUGCCGGAGAUCUUAGCCAACGUUACAUCAACACUCUUAAUGACCCUUUCUUCAUUUUCAUCCUUAUGAACAUCAUCAUCCUUGUUGUUUAUAUUCUGUCUACCCAGAAACAAUCUACCAGCUCCGGUAUCUACGAUGAGUACGUGUGCUCUCACCGGAGUAUAAUACCCGCGGAGGCGACCGUGCUCGACAAACAAAUCGUCGUGGUGGAAAAUGCGGUUGAUGUUGCAGAGACAAAACGCCCGCUUUCACAAAUUAAACAACAACCUUGGACGACGAAGACGAAGCCUGCAAUAACUUCAACUGAUAAAGUGAAGCAAAAAGAGUACCGACGAACACGAUCAGUGGUGUCAGAAUCUGGAAAACGGCGUCCCCGCCGGGUGUAUAGAAGAUCGGAGACGGCAAUAACGGGCAGAGAACUAGUUGUUUGUAGUGCAGAAUCGGCAAGGGAAGCGAUACAUGAGAUGAGCAAUGAAGAGUUUCAGUUAAAAGUAGAUAGUUUCAUUGCUGAAAGAAGGAAAGCCCUAAUGCAAGAAAACAUUGCGCAUUAUACAAAAUGCAUGUCUAUUGUGGUUAAGAAUUAGCGGGGGAUUAAUUACACAAAAAAUUAGUGAUGGGAAUUAUUAGGUUUCGGGAUUGUAAUCUUGUUGAGUUGUACAGUGAAUAAUAUUUCCCAGGUUUUCUGGGAAAAAUAAAAACUCAUCUUUGUUCAA